AUGAUUGAGAGCCUUGUUCAGCAUAAUUCCUCCAGGCGUCACUACGUCCACGUGGAGCUGCGCCUCUGUUCACGGCGGGGGCCGUCAGCCCAUGGAGCGGGCGACAAGGGCGGGGGCGGUGACGGUGCGCAGCGGCCACGUGAAGUGGGGAUCACGCACGUUGGGGACCAAGCGCCCCGGGCCCUCACCCACAGCGGGGACCUGCAGGCCGUGAGCCUGGCGCUGGACUCGACCCCAGACGUCUUUGUCAUGCAGGUGCUGCUGGAAGACACUGGGGAGAUGUUCACAGUGACAAACUGCCGCAGCGACAUGACUGUGCGAGAGCUCAAAGAGGAGCUGGACCUGAUUGUCGGCAUCCCCUUGAACCUGCAUCGGCUCCAGUACCUGGACCAAGGAGUUUUGAUGGAUGACACUACCCUGAAGUUCCAUGAUGUCAUUCCCGGUGGAAUUAUUUCAUUAUGUGUCUGGCGUUAUGAUGGAUGGACGGACCUGGUUUUGGCGGCUGUGGAAGGGGAUACCAGUAAGCUCUCCUGCCUCGGCGUGACUGAAGACUCUCUGCACCUAACUGCAAACCUGCACUAUUUGGGAAAGAAGCAGUGGAAGAAAUGGGUGCAUCAGCGAGCGUUUGUGGCGCUGUACAUCGCCUCGCACAGGGGCCAUGCCGACGUGGUGCAGUACCUUCUAGAACAUGGAGCUGACUGUUUCGGCCGAUCCCCCAUGGGCAGGACACCCCUGCAUGUGGCCACAGCCAUGGGCCAGUCGGACUGUAUAAGCCUCCUCCUCCUCCACGGGGCCUCCAUCCAUGCCAAGGAUGCCAAAGGGAUGACCCCCAAGACCAUCGCCCACCAGCUGAACCGCAGGCAGGAUGAGCAGCGAAUGCCAGUCCUGCUGGACGACAAAGUCCCAAAGGGCCUGACGGACUUGAACUUGAACAAGGCUUUUCAGGGAGGAAAGUCUGGGUCUGGCUCCAAGGAGAUGAACACAACUUAG